CUGUGCAUGAUGGAGUGCCGCAGGAGCGCGCUGCAGGACUGGUGUCGCUGCUCGCCCUACUUCUACGGGAGACUGGGUAAUAUUACUGAAUGUGGAGUGAAAGGAAUGUUAUGCAUCGCUAAGCACAUUGAUCAGCUGAAAGCAAUUGCAGAUACAACGUGUAAAUGCUACCAGACAUGUGAUGUAGACAGCUAUGGAAUUCUAGAAGAAAUAUCUACAGAAGUUUCUGAUGAGUUUGAUUUUUUUGGUGGGACCCGAUUCGAAUGGACACUGCCCACCUUCCCGAACAUCAGGUUGAAAAAAGACGUUUUGUUCUCCUCCACGAAUCUUCUGGAGGCAUUUGGAGGCACAGUGAACCUAUUCCUUGGAGCUAGCAUUCUGAGUGGAAUUGAAAUCAUUUACUAUUGCACAAUUCAUCUCUUCUUUUUUAUAUUUAAAAAAAAGAACCCUAUACAUUUCUAGAAACAAGUGUUGUAGACGACAUACAUAUAUAUGUAAAGAGUUAUCGUUUGUUUGUUUUGGAGGUUUUUUUGUUUUUUAUACAAAUUUACAAUUUUACUUUGAUCUGGAUAAAAUUUUCCACACUUGACCUUCAAAAGAAGAGAGGUCACUGUCUACGUGAGCUUUUAAAAAAACCCCGGUCCCUCAUUGCAUUGUUAAUGAUUUCUUAAUUUCCUGGAAAAAGUUAUUUCAUUGUUACUGUUAUAUUUAC